UCCACUGAAACAUUUCGACUCGCUACACCUCCACACUUCAGACGAGCGCUGAGCACGGUUCAUAACAUCCGGUGAUAUGGCAGAUCCAGCCGUCUCCUCAUCCUCAGGGCUGAACUCCAUUGUGUUGUUGAAAGACUCCAACUCAUCAGUGCAGGAUUGGACCACAGAAAAGGACCACGAGGGCCUCUUGCCAUGCUUUAAACAUCCCUAUGUCUCUGCAGUGCAGGAAUUGGUGUAUUGGCAGGAGCCGAAGAAGUCGUCGCUAGUGUUUGGCGGCUCGAUGCUGGUGCUCACGUCUCUAGCCAGGUUCAGUGUCAUCAGUGUCGUGUCCUACCUGCUCCUGGCCCUGCUCUGCGUCACCAUCACUUUCCGAGUCUAUAAGUCAGUCGUGCACGCGGUACAGAAGUCCGACGAAGGACACCCUUUUAAAUUUCUGAUGGAAAGAGAUAUCCGCAUUCCACCGGACACAGCCCACAGGUACAUGGACAUGUUUCUGGAGAAAUUAAACACUGCUCUCAUUCAGACCAGAAGACUUGUGCUUGUAGAAGAUGUGGUGGAUUCCCUGAAGCUUGCAGCUGUUGUGUGGUUUCUGACAUGUGUGGGGGCCGUCUUCAAUGGGAUCACAAUUUUAAUACUAGCUGAUGUCGUUUUGUUCUGCACACCGCUACUGUAUGAGAGGAACAAAACCCAGAUUGAUGCUUAUUUGGUGCGUGUGCAAUGUCGGCUUGAAGAGAAACUGGCAAAAUCCCUUUUGUUCAGGAGCUCAAACCUCUGGUGCAAACCAAUGAGACAGUUCACAUAACGGUACUGUUAUGAACCCAUCUUGUCCCUCAGACUGCAAGACAAACUCCCCGGUCCCGUAAAAUGGAGCAAAGCAGAAUGAUGGGUUUCUAUCAUCAGGAAAAACCUGCGCAUCCAUUGAAUUACAGUAUUCUUUAUAUAUUAGUAGAAAGAAGCCAUAGGCCUGUUUCUGCACUCCAGUCAUUUCAAGUUUCUGUUUAAUCAUUGAUGUUUGUAUGUACAGACAGACUAUACGAACUCUGCAUAUGUGCACAAUAAAGUGAGCUUUGAUUAACAGCGUC